CAAUCGUUUAUAUAACGGAUGUUUCGGACAUUCAGGAAGUCGUGAACUGCGGGAAUACAUUGGGAAUUCCCGUGGUAGCGCGGUCAGGUGGGCAUUCGUUUGAGGAUUAUAGUUUAGGUGGAAGAGAUGGGGUGCUGGUGGUGGACUUGAAGAACCUGGACCAGAUCACCAUCGAUGCUAGCGCGCACACGGCCGUUAUCGGGACGGGAAAUAGGAUUGGAAAAAUUUACUAUACCUUGAAUGAGGCGGGAUUCUUGAUUGCUGCGGGUAGCUGCCCCAGUGUUGGUAUUGGAGGUCAAUCUACUGGUGGUGGAUACGGAUUCAUCGGUCCAAAAUACGGGAUGGCCUCGGAUAACAUUUUAUCUGCAGAAAUGGUAUUGGCCAAUGGGACCUUCCUCUCGCCCAUAAACAACUCCAGCUAUUCUGACCUUUAUUUCGCAAUCAGGGGUGCCGGAAAUGCUGGUUUUGGAAUUUUAACCUCCUUGACAUUUCAACUUUACCUUACACCUCCCAAACUCACCACGUUCGACUUAUCCUACAAUAUCAACGAUCGUCAAUUGGUAUUUGAAGCCUAUAACAAGUGGGGUCCCUUACUUGCUGAAAACUAUUCAUUAUACAUGACAUUUCUGCCGGAUGAGCUGAGCAUACCUAAUGCAUGCGAAUCUACGGAGGAAUAUAAAUUAUUUGGAUUUGGUACAUUUCUGGGAGACGAAGAGAAUGCGCGUAAAGGACUCAAUAAUUUUCUUACACACGCUGCACCAGCUAUAGAUCCCGUGUUCAAUGAAUCGACGUGGUGGGAUACAAUUGUUAGUUUUGCGGGCAGUGGAAAUGCCACCGCGGUCAUCUCCCCUAGUUUUGAUCCGGAACCGUUCAAAGUCAAGUCAUUCUUCAUCGAUCCACCCGGUCUAUCGGCCGAAGGGUUGGAAGCUCUUUAUGAAUUUGUAAAUUCGAUAAACUGCAAAACCAUCGUGAUGUUUGAAUUGUAUGGCGGUGGAAUAAUAAAUAGCAUAGAUGCAGGUCUAACCGCUUUCAUGCACAGACAUUCACUGUAUCUGUUGCAGCUGGAGAUGAAAUUCAAAGGAAUCCAAGAUCAAGCAGUAAUUGAUGAGUGUUUAUCGGAGUUUAAGGUAUUUGCGGAAGAGUUUCAGGACAAGUACUCAUCCUAUUACAGCUAUCAGAAUUAUAUGGAUAGUGAAUUGGUAGAUUGGGAACAUCGAUAUUAUGGGGGGCACUUUGAACGGUUGGUGAAGAUCAAAGCCAAGUAUGAUCCGAAUGAUUUGUUUAAUUGGGCGCAGAGUAUUCCUACGAGUUAUGAGUAA